AUGAAGUCCGACACUACGGAACUGGAAAAUCAAAUGGCAGAUGCACAAUUUUUAGCAGACCUUGCAUUUUUAACAGACAUGACAUCUCACCUUAACGAAUUGAAUUUGAAGCUACAAGGAAAACAGCAGAAUAUUGCCAAAUUAUUUGGACACAAUUCCGAUGAUUACUGUUGGAUGCGAAAAAUUUGA